AAAUUAGUUGUCUUUCUCUCAUUUCUCCAUUCACAUUUUCUUUCCUUUUUAACCCUAAGGCUUUAUGCUCUUCUUCACCAAUCAGUUAUCACUGUUCACUCUACUCUCUCUUCCCUUUUAACUCGUAAGUUUUUCCCUCUUUCAUUUCUCAAAUUUCACCAAUAAAUUAUAUGUUUUUUUAAUAAUCAUGCUGUUCGAGUCAUAAUUGAUGAGAUAACUGUUACCUCCCAUAAGCAAUAGAUUUCAGGACAUUGUUCGAAGAACUAAACUUACUAGAAUUAGAUAAUGCAAUCGAAGUCCAAAAGUGCAAAUUGUGUGGAAGCCAGAACUUAUAAUGUUCCGAAUUCCACAGUAUUUUCUGAACCUUGGUGGAAUACUGCUGGUAAUAAUCCUGUUUCUCUUGGAUUGAUGGGGGGAAGUGCAUCUGAUCCACCAUCAGCGGAACAAGCUGUGGAUGGCGGAUCACAAUCUGAUGAUGGAUCCAAUGAGGAAGAUGAUGAUGCUCCUGAGAUAUCAGAAACUACCAUACCAAUGCAUUCAGGGAGUUAUGCGCAAGUAGAUCAGAAUUUACAGUCAAUUGCAUCAACCAUACCUCCAAAGGGUGAUGGGAGCCUAACACAACCCCCACAGCUUGAACCUGUUGCACACUCCAUGGCAUGUGCUCCAAAUCUGUAUGUUGACCCAUACUAUGGCGGAAUGCUGACACCUUUUGGUCAGCAUAUGGUCCCUCCUCAUGUACUUGAUUUGCAUCACCCGAGGAUGCCGUUGCCCCAUGAAAUGGCUCAAGAGCCUGUUUAUGUCAAUGCCAAGCAGUAUCAUGGUAUUCUGCGGCGAAGAGAGUCACGUGCGAAAGCAGAACUUGAAAAGAAGUUGAUAAAAGUGAGAAAGCCAUAUCUUCAUGAGUCGAGACAUCAGCAUGCCUUGAAAAGGGCAAGAGCUUCUGGAGGGCGUUUUGCGAAAAAGUCAGAUGCUGAUACUUCUAAGGGAGCGGGUUCUGGUUCCGAACCUUUGCUAUCCAGUGCCCCUGAUGUUGCAGAAUGGCACAAGGACAGAAGUUUGGCGGAGCAUCAGCAUUCUUAUUCGAAUGGUAGCGGUUAUGGAAAACAGAACAGCUUUCAGGAACCGAACUAUCAGGCCCAGUCUGCCCAGUUUUAUUGUGUUUCUGGGAUGUGAACGCGAUAACAGUAGAAUCUGGAGUUUGUCCGAAGUACAACACAUUGUGACGAAGUUUGUGCAAGUUGGUGUGAACAUCACUGUUUACUGUAAAGUUCGUGUGCAGAUUGUCAGUGAUGUGGAACUUUUAUUAUUGGAUCUGUUGGGCUGUUCUUUAUAUGGUCUGCUGAAAUGCUACCAUCGUCUGCUAGUAGUCUGUAUUAUGUUCUUUAUUAAUUUGACUAUCCAACUCCCCCUGGUGGUGGUUGUUUAGAAGGUAAUAUCAGUCGAUUUUAAUGGCUUUCAUUUGGCUUGGUGCAAUUUUGCGUUGUGUAAGAUUGCUCAUAUUGUUGUCUUGAGUCAUAGCUAAAGGAGGAGAUUGCAGCAAGGAGUGUCCCAGCAUAUUGACGUUUAAGGCUGUGUUAAAUGUUUUCCAUCAAUUUAUUUUUCUUCAAUUUAAGAAAAAACGAAUGUCCUGCAUAAAGUAAGGAGAACAUUAUCCAAAGUUCUCUUUUAACUUUAUCAGCAUUCCAACUCCUUACCCCAACUCAGGAGUCAAGAUUAGAUCCUUGAUUUGACCCUAACUCAAAAUUAGAUUCUCAAUUUGACUCUAACUUGACUCGAGACUAGAUCCCGAGCCUGAUAUAGGACCACGACUCUAGACCCUGAUCCAAGACCUAACUCCUGAUCUAGAUUUGGCAUUGACUCGGGAUUCGACUUUCGACCUUGACCUAGGAUUUAACUCCAGACCCUGAACUGAGACCAACCUCCUUACCUCGACCCUCCUAACAUUGAUUCGAGACUCGACUCUUGACCUCUUGACCUGGGAUUCGACUCUUGACUCUGACAGUGGAUUCAGUUCUCGACCUGAGAUCCGACCCAUGACUUGGGACCCAACUCCCAACCCCGACCCCAGCAUGGGACUAGACUCUUGAUCUCAAUCCUGGAUUAGACUACAAACCCCUACCCCAACCUGGGAACUGAUCCUCACCUCCGGACUUGACUUUCGACCCUAAUUUAUAAUUAGAUCCUAUUCCUAGCCUAACCCAAAAAUAGAGUUUUGACCUUGAUCCUAGACCUCACUUCUGACCUUGACCGGAGAUCGAUUUUUGACCCUAAACUAGGAGCCGACUCCUGAUUCCAAUCUAGACCUCUCCCGUACCUUGACCCAGGCCUGAAGUCCUAACCUUGAGUAGGGGUCAGGGCGUAUCUCUGCUUGGUGUUAGGGUCAGAUCAGAUCUCGGGUUGCGGUUAGGGUAAGGGUCUGAAUUCGUGUUAAAAGAGUGGGGUUUCAAGUCCAGUAUCAUUGCAUUUGUCGAGAUUAUACAUAAAUGGUCUUGUCACAAUAUUUUCUUCUUUACUAACCAAGCAUUAGAAAAUACAUUUUUCGUAAAAAAACAUCUUCCUUCAUACCAAAUACACUGUACGUGUAAAAUUAAUCAGAUCUCAAUAACAUUAGUCAUCCUUUAUAAUAAUAGUUUAUAAUUUUUUCCUCGAUUUUUAUAUUAUACUUUAUUCCUGAAUUACAUUUUUUUUUUUACCUAUAAUAACAUCACUUGUCGUUCUAAUGAAACUUUCUUUCUAACAUUAUCUCUCUGUAUGUUACCCAAAUAGCUUGAAUCACUAACGAUUCAAGGAUUUGGAAUAAGCUAUUGUAGAACAGCACCACAAGUUAAGAAUAAAUAAGAAGGGAAUAAGAAGAGAAGAGAGAUUUUAGAGAAGAAAGCAAUGAAUUGUAUUAUUCUAAAACUCUUGUACACUUCACUAGUUUAUAUACAAUUGUAGAAUUGACCCA